AUGUUCGUUAGAUUCUCGAAAAAGGCGCUCCUGGCGCUGUCUCUUGUAGCAGCUGUAGCCAAAGCUGCCCCUCCACGGGUUGGUUUAACAUCUCGCGAUCUCACCUUUGACUACGACAAUGACAAGCUUCGCGGGGUCAACCUCGGUGGCUGGCUUGUGUUGGAGCCCUGGAUCACACCGUCAAUUUUCGACGGGGCGGGGGAGGCUGCUGUUGACGAAUGGACGCUCUGUGAGACUCUGGGCAAGGAAGAGGCCAAGGCCAGACUGUCUGCGCAUUGGAACUCCUUUGUCAGCCAGGCCGAUUUCGAUGAGAUUGCUGAGGCCGGUCUGAACCACGUCAGAAUCCCAGUUGGUUACUGGGCCGUCUCUCCCGUUGAGGGUGAACCAUACGUCGACGGUCAGCUGGAGGCCCUUGACAAUGCGAUUGGCUGGGCCCAAGCCGCGGGUAUCAAGGUUUUGAUCGACUUGCAUGGCGCACCGGGCUCUCAAAAUGGAUUCGACAACAGUGGACACAGAGGAGCUAUCAACUGGCUGCCAGGAAAUUCGAAGCAGGACCCGGCUCUUCUAUCCAUCAAACUUCUGGCUGAGCGGUAUACUAAAUAUGCCGACGUCGUGACUGCCAUCGAGGCCAUCAAUGAGCCCAACAUCCCUGGGGGGUUGAGCAAAGGAGGACUGGAGAAAUAUUACUAUGAUUCCUGGGGUGCGGUCCGAGAGCAUAACGACGACACCACGGUCGUCUUAAGCGAUGGUUUCCUAUCGACAGAAAGCUGGAAUGGCUUCAUGACUGACGACAAGGGUGUCUGGAACGUGAUGAUGGAUGCACACCACUAUGAGGUUUUCGAUGACGGUCUUUUGGCAAUGGAUAUUAGUUCGCAUACCCGCGCCGCUUGCCAGUUCAGCGCCGAGCAUAUCCAGCCAACAGACAAGUGGACUAUCGUUGGAGAGUGGACUGCUGCCCUCACUGACUGCACUAAAUAUCUGAAUGGCCGCGGAAUCGGUGCCCGCUAUGAUGGUACCAAGCCCGGAAGCUCUAAGAUCGGUGAUUGCGGUGUCAGGUUGCAGGGCAGGACAGCCGAUCUCCCCGCGGAGGAGAAGACUAAACUUCGCCAGUUUAUUGAAGCUCAGCUCGAUGCUUAUGAAAAGAAGACCGGUUGGAUAUUCUGGACCUGGAAGACCGAGGGGUCGCCCGAAUGGGAUAUGCGACAAUUGCUUGCGGAGGGUGUUUUCCCCCAGCCUUUGACGGACAGAGCAUUCCCACCACAGUGUGCUUAA